UGACAAUAACGAGAGUCGGUCAGGAACCGAUCUCUCUAGAUUCUUUAGACUCACUUUCCUUCUCAUGUCUCUCCACUUCCACCCGUCGUCCAUCGCCACUCCUCGCCAGAUCCCGUCAUUCGGAGUGACCGGCUCCUGCACGUGGGUCGGCAUUCAGCUCCUAACCUGAACUAGUAGGGCAUCACACAACAUGCCGAGGGAGAAUGAGGGGGCUAUAUGAGGACCGGUCGGUCCGGCGUGGUGACUCUCGCCGGCGACUGCAACUUGUUCAGAAAUUGGUUCUGGUGGGCAUCAUGGGCGUCUCGGCGGUUCUCCUUCCUCUGUAUCUGCUCUCCGGAGUUACUUCCGGACUGGCACUCCCGGCGAGAAACCAGUCCACCUGCGACACGGUCGAUCAGGGCUACCAAUGCUUUCCUCAGACCUCGCAUCUCUGGGGCCAGUACGCGCCGUAUUUCUCUCUGGCCAAUGAGUCGGCCAUCUCCCCGGACGUGCCAGCUGGCUGUCGCGUCACGUUUGCGCAGGUGCUCUCCCGCCACGGCGCGCGGUAUCCUACCGCGUCCAAGGGGGAGAAAUACGCGGCCCUGAUCGAGAAGAUCCAGGCAGAUGCGACUUCCUUUGCGGGGAAGUAUGCGUUUCUACAGUCGUACAACUACAGUCUGGGUGCCGAUGAUCUGACGCCGUUCGGCGAGAAGGAGUUGGUCAACUCGGGCAUCAAGUUCUACCAGCGCUAUGAAUCGCUCGCCAAGGACAUUGUCCCAUUCAUCCGCGCCUCGGGGUCCAGCCGCGUGGUCGCCUCCGGACAGAAAUUCAUCGAGGGCUUCCAGAACACCAAGCGGAAGGAUCCUCGCGCCCGGCCGGGCCAGUCGUCCGCUCAGAUCAACGUGGUCAUCUCCGAGGCCAGCACCGCCAACAACACCCUCGACCCGGGCACCUGCACCGUCUUCGAGGACAGCGAAUUGGCAGAUGACAUUGAAGCCAACUUCACCGCUACCUUUGUGCCGGCCAUUCGCACGCGUCUGGAGCAUGAUUUGGGAGUGAAUCUGACGAGUAAGGAGGUGACCUACCUCAUGGACAUGUGCUCGUUCGAUACCAUUUCUCAAGAUACGGUCGACCUCACGCUUUCUCCCUUCUGUGACCUGUUCACCCACGACGAGUGGAUCAACUACAACUACCUCAAGUCUUUGGAUAAGUAUUACGGCCACGGUGCCGGGAACCCCCUCGGCCCGACCCAGGGGGUCGGCUACGCCAACGAGCUGAUCGCCCGACUCACCCACACGCCGGUGCACGACGACACCAGCACCAACCACACGCUGGACUCGAACCCGACGACCUUUCCGCUCAACUCGACCUUAUAUGCGGACUUUUCGCAUGACAACGGCAUCACCUCGAUUCUGUUCGCCUUGGGACUGUACAACGGGACCACCGCUUUGUCCUCCACUUCCGCUGAGAAUAUCACCGCGACAGAUGGCUACUCGUCUGCGUGGACAGUUCCGUUCGCGGCGCGGAUGUACGUGGAGAUGAUGCAGUGUCAGACGGCGGAAUCGCUGGUGCGGGUAUUGGUGAAUGAUCGGGUGGUGCCACUACAUGGGUGUAAAGUAGAUGCGUUGGGCCGAUGUACGCGGGAUGAUUUUGUGCGGGGAUUGAGCUUUGCGCGAUCGGGGGGUGAUUGGGGGGAGUGUUUUGCCUAGCCACAACCACUUGGCUCUGCUCUACUGGAGUAGUAUCUCUUAUAUACUGAUUAUGAGUAUUUCAUAUUCAAUGAUCCAAAUAGGCCG